GCAGAUCUGAAGAGCACAGUCAAGACCACAGACACCCGUGGAGGCUCCCCCAAGACAUCUGCUUCUCUGGGACUGGGGGCCUCGCGCAGGACCGUGGGGAGCUGGCUGAAGGACUUGGGGAGCCCAGAAGCUGCCACUGAACGAAGAACCACCUCUGUGCAGAAAAGCAACCACCUUGUUCUCUAUUCUGCUGCCCGAGACAACCACAUCCUCCUCCUCCUACACCCAAAGGCUCCCAUGGAGAGCUCAGAUGUGGAGCUGGACCUCCAGAGGAGCGUGCAGGCUGUGCUCCGGGAGCUCAGCACCCAGGCCCCUGCCCUGCAGAGCAACCAAGGCAUGUGGAGGUGGUCCCUGCACAAGAAGGUUGAGCGAGAUCCUGGUAAGAGCCCGGUGCUGGUCCGCAUUCUUCUCAGAGAACUGGAGAAGGCGGAAAGCCAGGACCUCCGGCAUGUCAUCAUUCCCUUGCUGCACACUGUAAUGUACGUGCUCACCAAGGCCACAGGAAUCACAGAAGAGCUCUACCAGCGAAUCUAUGCCUUUUGCACAAGGUUACUGACCCUGCCCACCCCCUACUGCACAGUCGCCUUGGACUGUGCGAUAAGGCUGAAAACGGAGACGGCCGUCCCAGGGACACUGUACCAAAGGAUGGUCAUUGCCGAACAGAACUUGACGAAUGAGCUGUAUCCCUACCAGGAGAGAGUGUUCCUCUUCGUGGAUCCUGAGCUGGUGUCUGCCUCUGUGUGCAGUGCUCUGCUACUGGAGAUCGAGGCGGCCCAGGCGCAGCAGACACCAGAGACCUGCAUGCGCCACGUGGUCUCCCACGCCCUGCAGGCGGCUCUGGGGGAGGCCUGUCACGCAAGCGCUCUGCACAGGAAGCUGCAGGCCAGCCCUCGCCGCACCCUGGAGCACUAUUUCCACGCCGUGGUGGCCGCCGUGGAGCAGAUGGCCAGCGAGGCCAGCCCGAGCCGGGAGGGACACGUAGAGAGGCUGGAGGAGAUUUACUGCUCGCUGCUGGGGCCCGCGGCGGGGCGCUGCAGUGGUGACCUUGUCCAAGAGCGGCCACCAAGCAUUCCCCUGCCCAGCCCCUACAUCACCUUCCACUUGUGGACCGGUGAGGAGCAGCUCUGGAAGGAACUGGUGCUUUUCCUCCGCCCAAGAUCCCAGCUGCGCCUCAGUGCUGACUUGGAGGUCUUGGAUCUGCAGGGCCUCAGGCCGGACCGGGAGUUGGCCCGGGUUUCUGUGCUGUCCACUGACAGCGGCAUUGAGCGGGACCUUCCCACGGGGACUGAUGAGCUGCCUGCACCCAGCAGCCCUGAGAUGGAGCGAGCCGGGCUGCAGCGCAAAGGGGGCAUCAAGAAGCGUGCAUGGCCCCUGGACUUCUUGAUGCCUGGCAGCUGGGACGGGCCCCCAGGGCUGCACCGGAGGACAGGCCGGCCCAGUGGGGAUGGGGAAAUGCUGCCCGGCGUGUCCCGGCUGCACACAGCCCGGGUACUUGUGCUCGGAGAUGACAGGAUGCUGGGGCGCCUGGCCCAGGCCUACCACAGACUCAGGAAACGGGAGACCCAGAAGUUCUGCCUCACUCCCAGACUCAGCCUGCAGCUCUACUACAUCCCCGUGCUGGCGCCUGAGAAGCCUGCAGCAUCCAGGCAGCCGGAGCUGGGAGAACUGGCUACGUUCCUGGGCCGCGUAGACCCGUGGUACCAGAGCAACGUCAACACGCUGUGCCCCGCCAUCCACAAGCUGGCUGAGAUGCCUCCUUCCCUGGACACAUCCCGGACUGUGGACCCCUUCAUCCUAGACGUCAUCACCUACUACAUCCGCAUGGGCACCCAACCCAUCUAUUUCCAGAUCUACACAGUCAAGAUCUUCUUCAGUGACCUGAGCCAAGACCCUACUGAGGACAUUUUCCUCAUUGAACUGAAGGUGAAGAUCCAAGAUUCUAAAUUCCCCAAAGAUGGCUUUUCACCCAGGAGGAGAGGCAUGGCUGAGGGCCCAGGGGCAGAGCUCUCCCUGUGCUACCAGAAGGCCUUGCUUAGCCACCGGCCCCGAGAGGUCACCGUUUCCCUGCGGGCCACUGGGCUGAUCCUGAAGGCCAUUCCAGCCAGCGACACAGAAGUUUCAGGGUCUAGCCAUUGCCCCCUGCCUGCUGCUCCUGUCACAGACCACACGUGUCUGAAUGUCAACGUGACAGAGGUUGUCAAGUCCUCCAACUUGGCGGGAAAGUCCUUCUCUACAGUGACCAACACCUUCAGGACGAACAAUAUCCAGAUCCAGAGCCAGGACCAGAGGCUGCUGACACUGUCACUGGACAAGGACGAUCAACGCACUUUCAGGGAUGUGGUCAGAUUCGAGGUUGCUCCCUGCCCAGAACCAUGUUCCGGGGCCCAGAAGUCCAAGGCACCGUGGCUCAAUUUGCAUGGGCAACAGGAGGUGGAAGCAAUCAAAGCCAAGCCCAAGCCCCUUCUGAUGCCCAUCAACACAUUCUCUGGUAUUGUCCAGUGAGCCUGCAGGGACAGCAGGCCCAGGAGGAAGGAUACACUACCCCACCAACCCCAAACACUCACACCAACAGCCAGAGCAAGGCCCGGCUCCACACGGCAGCUUUGGCCUUGACCAGGAGGCCAGCGAGUGCCUGGGAGCACAGGGAGCCUACCCUGGGGGCUAUGACGAGGAAGGGCCCACAUGGAGGUCUACGGAUGGCCCGGACAAUGCUGUCGCUGCUUGAGAACAUACACACCAAGCCCAGCUUCUCACACAAAUGUCUACUCCUUCAUUUAACUUCAAUUCCCACUUCUCCCACUGUCCUCUCCCACCCAAGCUCCCCAUCCAGCCCUUAAAACCAGGGUUAAAGCUGCUGUCUUGGCCAGAGCCCUGUGGCCUAGGGGAAAAUUGGAAGCAAGGAACAGCAACAGCACCACCUCCCUCCCAAGUCUCUUCCCUUCCCACUCUCAGGCCACUGCCCACCUCACUCAGUCCAGGCAGGUGUCUCUAUCAGGUGAGAGAAAAAUGUCAGACUCAAUAAAUGUACACUGAAGUCUUUCUGCUUUCA